AUGGCCGAACCGAAGAAGAAAGGCUUCUGGGGCGGUCUGUUCCGCAGCCGCAGCAAUGCGAAGAUGGAGAAGGGUCCCCCGAGAAGAGCCAGCGAGGGCGAUGCGCUCCCGCACCGACGCAGGAAUGAGGGGCCAGAGAUCGCCAGCACUCGGCGUCGACCACGUCGCCCGCCACCACGUGAUGCGAAAGGCAAGGGCAAAGAGCAGCCAAAUGGCCACGUCUACGAGCAGACACCGCUGUCAGAAUGGCCACCCUCGGGCAUCUCCAGCGAGGAGGAACUUACACUCGGCCGCGCCAUGGAGCUCAUCUCGCGUGGUGUGCCUGCGCACAAGGGCCACAAACGCCCUAUCGCGCAUGCCUCGGAUCGAUACUACGGCCUCUACGCGACGACGGCUGGCAACCACGGCGACGAAAACGACGCCGCUAAUCAGCACGAUGCCAUGACCCAGCUGAUGACAUUGCGGGUACAGGGCUCGGGCCCGCCGACGUUCCCAUGGGAGACGCUCGAGCAGCCGAGUCUCGCAUUUGGCAAUGGGAGUCGGCCAGGCACCAUCACACUGAACUCCUGGGUGAGCCGCUCGAGCGCCUUUCCCCCGUUGAUAGCGCUCCGUGAUCCUGGUAUGGUACCACGAGAAGUAGAUCUAUCCCAGAUUUUCGACCGCCUAAAGGAUCUGGAGGCUGGGCUGGAUGAUGACAACGAGGAUCUGCUAUACCGACUGUACAAGCGGUUUCUUAGGGACCCGGACAAGGUAUUCAGUCUGCACAAGCGGAUGGAGCAGCAGAUCACCGACCUCGUCAUGUGCCUGUCGAGUCCGGACUGGAUCGACUUGACGAACCCAAAGAACCAGGUAGUCACGAAAUUCAUUUACGACACUGGCCCCACGAACCACGACCAAUAUCACAAGUUCUUCUACCAGCUCCUCCUCAGUCUGGAGCUGGAGCUACGCAUAAACUCACGACUGCACCAAGCCGUGGCGAAGGAGAGGCUGAUGGGGCAAAUACCGCCCAAGAUCCAGUGGAAUCUUGCUCUCGCUCGACGCUGGCGGGACUACGUACGUGUCGAGGAGUAUGGCAAGACGGCCGACGAGGUGCGGCUGCGGUACAAGCUCCGGAAGCGGCAGACCAAGAUGUUGAAGCGGUUUGCCCAGAUGAUGAAGUGGCCCAACCUCGCCGAGACCCUUGAGGAGCUGAAGCGGAGAGAGGCGGAUGCGACGCUGGUUUCUGUCAGUUCUCAUGCCAUGGCCUUCUUCAGCGGGCUGGUGCUUCCAGGGCCUACGUUCCCUUUCCUGAUGAUGAACAGUCUGAUAGACAUCGACCCGGACAAGGCAACCGACGACCUCGCUUUACUCACCCACCUACAUCCCCAGUGCGGCUUCCAGUAUCGUAACAGCUACACUUAUUGGACUUCUACCUGCAUCGUCGGCAAGGUCAUUGGGCCAACGUGCCUCGAGGUGGCUGGAUGGGUUGGGCCUGCGCGGCCGACGGCGGAUCUCGAACGUUCACAGAUUGCACGAAUCCGCUCAAGAAAACCCCGCCAGCGUCUCGAACCCGAAGACGUGACUUCGAUGAACGAACGGUCGGAUCCCCUGGGCCCAGCAGCCGAGGUAUUUCCUGUCAAGGAGUACGAACUCCUCACGCCCAACGCCGAGGACAUGAUCCAUUCAGUACGGAUCGAGCUGCUCAAGCUCCAUCCGCUGGUGGAGAAGCAUGCAGUAGGUCCCAAGUGGUUCGAUGCAUCAAUCCAGUUCGCUAUAGAUGGCGAGUCCUGGCCGUUCCGUCUCGCGUACGACGUCUCCUUCAUCAAUGCGUGGCCCUGUUCAGAUGGGCCGCAUCCACUUUUCUUCGAUUACGUCUACACCGCCGUCAAAGCUGACGAGGUGAUGGACAUCAUCAAUUGGGGUCUACCGGGUAGCAAAGAAGGCAGCGCGCAGUCGACUCCAAUUGGGAGCAGCAAGCCAGCAAGCCCGAUCGCCCAGAGUGACGAUGCGGAGCGGGUGUUGGUGAUUGAAGCUUUCGGGGUGAGCGACAACGAGGUCCUGGUCAGGGCGUGGUGCUCGUACUGGGGACUGAACGCGGUGGUGGCGGACAUCGGAAAGACCUGCAUGGCAUGCGCUAUCCGCGAGGCUUAUGCAGCGGCCUUGACAGUUGUCAUACUCGUUGAGGAUCAACCGGGAGGGGCUGAGUAA